CACUGGCCCCCAGGUGGUGGAAUUCCCCCAGGUGGGCCAGCUCUCUUACCUGUGCCCCACAGCUGGGGAAUUCCCAGCCUCCUGGGCUCCACUCUGCUCUGCUCACUGCAGAUACCAGCGUCUGUACAGGGAGAUGUGCAUGUGUGAGUGUGCCUUGAUGUGCAGCACAUGGCCGUGGGCACCUGGCACAUGCCACUCACGGGAGGCAGGCAGCCCUGACAGCACUCGGACAUGGCUUGUCACGUGGAGUUGUGUGGCCCCUAGCUUGGGCUGGGAUCCUAGAUCCAGCAGUGAGCAGCAGGCCUCCUUGUCACAUAGAUGGGAUUUCCUCCAUGUCCUGUGGUUAGUCUCCUUGCUAAUGAGUCCUAGUGGGUCAGGCAGGAGUGACCUCAUUGUAUGAACUUAAGACUCAUAUCAGAGAGAGGGACCUGGUGGUGUCUUUCCAGGUUGAGUGCACACAUGUGAUCAUACACAGGGAACCAUGUUCAAGCCCCUGCUCCCCACCUGCAAGGAAGAAGCUUCACAAGUUGUGAAGCAGUACUACAGGUCUCUCUUUCUUCCUCUUUCCCCUAAAUUUCUCUCUGUCCCAUCAAAGAGAAAAAAUAGUAAUAAUAAUAAAGAGACAGACCAGAAUACUGUUUGACUCUGGCAGAUGGUAGUGCCUUGGGCUUGAACCUAGGACCUUGGGGGAGGGGGCUUAGCAUGCAAGUUUACUUAAUAAGAGAGAGAGAACAGAGCAUUGCUUCAUCACAUGUUGCCUCUGAUGGAACAUGGGACCUUAAACAUGCAAGGAUAUGCUCUUUCCACUCCCUAGGGUCUCAGCUGCAGGGGAGAGCAAUGUGGCCUCCACCUCCAGACCCCCAUCAUGGGACCUCAACACCAGUGCCCACCUCCCUUAUAGCCACAUCCUGCAAGGAAAAACCCAGAGAACCCAGACUCCAACAGCUGCAGCCAGUAUGUUCGCAGUCACAGGGGAGUGGCUCAGAGCACCCCACUCUGCCCUCUUGCUCUUGGGGUUCGUGCUGGCUGCCUCUGCCCAGCUCCGAUGCGUGGGGGACACCUACCCCAAGGACGGCAAGUGCUGCCAUGAGUGCCCACCAGGUUACGGGAUGGUGAGCCGCUGCAAUGGAAACCAGGACACCGUGUGCCUCCCGUGUGAAUCCGGCACCUACAACGAGGCUGUCAACUGGGAGCCCUGUAGGGCCUGCACCCAGUGCAACCAGCGAAGUGGGAGCAUGAUCACGCGUAUGUGCACAGCCACGAAAGACACCGUCUGCAGCUGCCGGCCUGGCACCCAGCCCCAGGGCGGCUACAAAUGGGGUGUCGACUGUGCUUCCUGCCCCCCAGGACACUUUUCCCCUGGUGACAACAAAGCCUGCAAGCCCUGGACCAACUGUAGCCUGGAGGGUAAACACAUGCUACAGCCAGCUAAUGACAGUGCGGAUGCUGUCUGUGAGGAUCGCAGCUCUCCCAUGGAGCCCAGGGGGACCCCAGGGCCCCCAUUCAGCACCCCUACCACUACCAGCCCCACCACAGCCCAACCCAAGACCUCACCGGCUUCCUCUACAACCCCUCUGGAUCCUCCCAGGGGUGGCAGAGAGAUGGUCACGGUGCUGGGUCUGGGUCUGAGCCUGGGCCUGUUGGCCCCGCUGGCCAUCCUACUGGCGCUGCUGCUAUGCCACAGGCCCCGGAGGCUGCCUCAUGCCCCCAAGCUGCUAGGAGGAAGCACCUUCCGGACGCCCAUCCAGGAGGAGCAUGCAGAUGUCCACUCCAGCCUGGCCAAGAUCUGAGCCUUGGGGCGAGGGAAAUUGAUUCCUUUGUCUCCACCCUCCCACACCGUUUUAGGUGUUCUGGGUGUGCUCUGGGCCUGAUAUGUAUGUCGUGCAUACUCUCUGCCCAGCCAGCACCCCAAUAAACCAUGUUGCCAAACAUACCUCCCUGACCUGAUGCCAGGGGCUAGGGGGUGGGGGUAGUGUGAAUCAGAGACCCCAGGCCACUCUUGGGGGUGCAUCUCACCAGGCACUCACUGAGGGAACUGGACAAAGCUAGUGGCUCCUGAAGCGGGACCUGCUGCUCUGGGAUCACAAGAGGGUCCCCUGUGGGAUGAGUCAGGAAGUGCUCAGGCAGAACUGUGCAGUGCUUGCCGAGGCAGGACACUUCUUUUCCUCUUUCUCUUGGAGUUCCCUGCACCCCAUUUCCUGAACCCCCCCUCCAUUGGUACCAGCAGGGUGCCCUGAGGCCCCCCUCCAGAGUGGUGUCAUUCCUAGGUUCCUUGGUGGUGAGUGGCUCACACUCUUGGUGUCCUAGAGGUGGAGUCAAAUAUGACAGUCACUUUCAACAUUUGGAGGGACAAUGGAACAUAUUGAUAGAUCUUUGAGCAUUAAUAUUAUUAUUAUUAUUAUUAUUAUUAUUGCCACCAGGUUUUGGGGGGGGUGGUUCUGGCACUAUGAAUCUCACUCCUGGUGGCCAUUUUUCCUUUUUUCUUUUUUUUUUAAACUUAAAAAAUUAUUUAUUUAUUCCCUUUUGUUGCCCUUGUUGCUUUAUUGUUGUGGUUAUUAUUGUUUUAACUGAUGUCGUCAUUGUUGAAUAGGACAGAGAGAAAUGGAGAGAGGAGGGGAAGACAGAGUGGGGCAGAGAAAGAUAGACACCUGCAGACCUGCUUCACUGCUUGGAGGCCCCUGCAGGUGGGGGGCCGGGGGCUCGAACCGGGAUCCUUACACCAGUCCUUGCGCUUUGCGCCACCAGCAUUUACCUUUUUUCUUUCUUUAAUAGUACAGAGAGAAGUUGAGAGGGGAGGGGGAAAUAGAGAGAAAGAAAGACACUUGCAGACCUGCUUCACUGCUUGUGUAGUGUCCCCCCACACACAUACACACAGGUGGGAAGCAGGGAUUUGAACCCAGGUCCUUGUGCUUGGUAAUAUCUGUACUUAACUGGGUGUGCCACUGCCCAGCCCUCUUUUGUUUAUUUAUUUAUUUUGAAUAGAGCACUGCACAGCUCUGACUUAUGGUGGUGCUGGGUGACUGAGCCUGGAAAUGCUGAACCUCAGGCAAGAAAGUCUUUUGCAGAACCAUGAUAUUAUCUUCCCAGCCCUUUUGCUAUGUCUUUUUGCUCAAAAAUAUCUCAUGAGUUUUCUGACGACUCAGUUUUUUCCCCACCAGGGUUUUGUGCCAGCACAAUUUCACUUCUCCUGCCGCACUAUUUUUCUUUCUCUCUCUCUCUCUUUUGCUUCCAGGGUUAUCACUGGGGCUUGAUGCCGGGCACUAUGAGUCCACUGCUCCUGGUGGCCUUUUCUUUUCCUUUU